AUGAUUAUAUCAUAUUUUCCAAAAUGUGGUACCAUUUUAGCUGUUUUUGUCCUGAGUGUUGGUGCACUGGACACUCUUAUCGCUGCAGUGUAUGAGCAUGCUGUUAUGUUACCAAACAGAACAGAAACUCCUGAGCCAGCACUCCGGUUUGGCCGCAGCCCAGUGCAAGAAAGGCUCAGCUGUCUGGCCAAGGACAACUCUAUCUACAUUGUGGCAAAUAUUGGGGAUGAGAAGUCAUGCAAUGCCAGUGACCCUCAGUGUCCCCCUGAUGGUCGUUACCAAUACAACACUGAUGUGGUGUUUGAUUCUGAGGGUAGGCUGGUGGCCCCCUACCACAAGGUGAGAAUUACUUUACAAUCUUUUGCACCUGAAAUUCAAUUUGAUUUCCCCAAGGACUCAGAACUUGUGCCUUUUGACUCUCCCUUUGGGAAGUUUGGCAUUUUCACUUGCUUUGACAUUUUUUCUCAUGACCCAGCCCGAGCCCUGGGAGUCAACCUGCUUGCUACCAAUACCCACAACACGAGCAUGCACAUGACACAAAGUGGAAUCUGCUCACCGGAGGCUGUCAAGGUGUAUUACUAUGAAAUGGAAACAGAGAGUGGCCAGCUGAUGCUCUCAGAAUUGAAGUCCCGGCCUUGAAGAGAACCCAGUUACUCUGCAGCUGUUCACUGGAGUGCUUAUGCCAGAGGUGUCAAGCCAUUCUCAUCUGAACGGUUGAAUUUUCCAGGGAUGAUUUAUUUUGAUGCGUUCACCUUCACCAAGCUUAAGAGAAACACAGGAAAUUACACAGUUUGUCACAAAGACCUGUGUUGUCACUUAACUUACAAGAUGUCUGAGAAAUGAAACAGUGAGGUGUACGCACUAGGUGCCUAUGACAGCCUGCACAUGGUAGAAGGCCAGUAUUACUUACAGGUAUGCACAUUACUGAAGUGUCAAACCACUGACCUGAGAACUUGUGGAGAGGCUGUGGGGUCAGCUUUUACCAAGUUUGAAGAAUUCUCCCUCAGUGGCACAUUUGGAACGAGUUAUGUUUUCCCACAGAUCAUUCUUAGUGAGAGUCAGCUUGCCCCUGAAAGACAUUAUGAGGUUUCAGGAGAUGGACGUCUGCAGAGCCGAGGCGGAGCCCCUUUGCCUUUCUUGGUUCUGGCCCUGUAUGGAAGAGUGUUUGAGAGGGACCCUCUGCGCUUAGGGCAGGGAACUGGGCAACUGCCAUGA